AUGAUCGAAAUCAGCACAAAAAAAGUGGACGACCGUUUCUCAAACUGGCAUCCCACAGGACGCAUAAACGACACGCGAAAUGAAGACAAAAAGCCGGCGGCAUCGUCCGUAGCAGCCAUUAAAAAUGUAACGCUUGAAGAGCAAGGGGCAAUUUGGUCCGUAUCGCGGCACCUGUUGUCCGAGAAUCCGUCGCCCUGCAACUUGCUGUCCAACGCCUCUACGAACAGCUCGAUGUUCUUCGCCCUGCGCAGGUUCCUGUUGCACUCGUGCGCCUCCACCAGGAACACCACGUCCGUGGAGUUGGGCGGCUCCAGGAGCUGCACGAACGAGCCCUCGUCCACCAGCUCGCCCUGGGGCGUAGUGCAUCUGCGGAAUCGA